ACUUUUUUUUUUCAUUGUUAGAAGUAAAAUAUACAGCACUGUUGGUAUGUACUUUCAUUUUAAAAUAAUAUAGUUAAUUAGUUAAUACGUAUUACACCACAUCAGCAGUAGCACUGUAUUAUUAUAUACCUAAAUUAAUAGCAGUUACAGUAAUAAUAGUAAUGUUUAGUAAUGGCAGUAUUUGUUAAUUUUUGUAUUUAGUCUAUACGAAAACUUAAGUUGUGCCCGUUUGACAUGUUACUACUACAGUGACACACUAAAGUAUAUAGUCAUCGAUGCGUUUAAAGUACUUGGCGUACCUUCACAUUAUAGUAGAUGACAUUAGUGUUAUAAUGCAAAUUCGUCAGUGGUGAUAUUACACCAGCACGUUCAAUGCCCGAAGUGACUUGAAGCAUUGAUACCACAACUACCAACACAGUCAAUCCUAAUAUCUCACUAUCGUAUCGUUGUCGUUGCAUGAUAUUUUAUAUAUGUUUACCACCAAAAGUAUCAAACAUCACCUUAUUAGUAGUCUUUAGAUUUGUAUUUACAUAUAAACACAACUGCACUAACAAAGUGUUACAUUGUUGUGAAUUACCUAUCACCCAUGUGUGUAUAGGAAGAGAAAAACUCGGGACCUAGAGGAAGUGACGACAACGAUGACACCCUAGUGGACGAUUCAACUGACUACUUAGAUGAUAACAAUUCCAUUGACAUCGACGUUAGAAGUGCAGGUCUUAAAAAUUCGUUGAAAACGCCGUUAUAUGCCACGAGGAACAAGAGGGCAAUACCAAAAAAUAUGGAUGGUAAAAGCGAUGUUGACGAUUACGAUAACGAAGUAGAUGGAUCAUUGGAUGAUGACAACGAUAGUAAUGAAAUUACGGUUUCAACGGUGGCAAAUGGAAAUGGAACUGGAGUGAUGAUGGCUGUGGCAGCACAAAACGGAGGAGGCGAAACAGGUGACAGCAUCAGUAAUGAAAGUGAUGGUAGUGAGGGUGGAGGGGGGAGCUCAAAUUCUGGAUCAAUAAUUGAAUUAGCCGGUCCCCUUUUAGGUUCAUUGAGUGGUGAGGGUGGUGGUGUUGGAGGGUUAGAUUCUGGAUCAAUACUUGAAUUGGCUGGACCUCUUUCUGGAACGUUAAGUGGUGGUGGUGGAGGAAGUGAGGGAGAAGGCGGAAGUUCAGACUCCGGAUCAAUACUUGACUUAGCUGGUCCCCUUUUAGGUUCAUUGAGUGAUGGAGGUGGUGGUGGUGGAGGGUUAGAUUCUGGAUCAAUACUUGAAUUGGCAGGACCUCUUUCUGGAACGUUAAGUGGUGGUGGUGGAGGAAGUGAGGGAGAAGGUGGAAGUUCAGACUCCGGAUCAAUACUUGACUUGGCUGGUCCCCUUUUAGGUUCAUCAAGUGGAGGGGGUGGUGAAGGUUCAGAUUCUGGAUCCAUAUUAAGUUUGGUUGGACCACUUUCCAGAACAUCGAGUGGUGGUAGAAAUAGUGAUGCUGGGGGCGAUAAUGAGCAUGAGGGCAGUGGUGAUGAUGAAGAGAAGAAUAGUGAUGGUGGCAGCAGCGGGUCGUCAAACUCCGGAUCGAUAGUAGAGCUUGUCGGGCCAUUGCUAGGGUCUCUUAGUGGUGGAAGUGAGGGAGGUAAAGGUUCGGAUUCUGGUUCCGUAUUGAAUUUAAUAGGGCCUUUAUCUGGGUCACUAAGUGGUGGAAAUAGUGGGAUGGAAGGAGAUAAUGGAGGUGGAGGAUCGGAUUCCGGAUCUAUUUUAAAUUUAUUUGGUCCCCUAUCUGGAUCAUCUAGUGGUGGCGAAGGAAGUAGUGAUGAAUCGGAUUCUGGGUCUAUUUUAAAACUCAUCGGACCACUGUCUGGUUCAUCGAGUGGUGGUAAUAGUGGUAGUGACAGCGUGGAAACAGAUAAUGGUAGUGGAGGUUCGGAUUCCGGAUCUAUUUUAAAUUUAGUUGGUCCCCUAUCUGGAUCAUCUAGUGGUGGCGAAGGGAAUAAUGGUGAAUCGGAUUCUGGAUCUAUUUUAAAACUCAUUGGGCCGUUAUCUGGUUCAUCGAGUGGUGGUGAUGCAGCAGAAACAGAAAACGGUAGUGGAGGAUCUGAUUCAGGAUCUAUCUUAAAUGUAGUCGCUCCAUUAUCUGGUUCAUCUAGUGGGGGAUCGGAUUCAAACACCUCUAAGAUGGUACCAGCCAGAAGACCCGGGGAAAAAGGCACAAACUCUGAAAAUGCAGUGAAGUCUUCGAUUUCACUGAAUUCAGUAGCGAAAAGUCCGAUACUAGCCAAUUUGUUUGCGACCAUCCUAUCACAAUCUUCUGCUGGUGCUGCAUCUGCAUCUGCCUCCGCAUCUUCAUCAUCGUCUACAUCAACGGAUGUGGCAAGUAAAAUACUAAUUAUCGUGUGUACACAAAGACGGUGACGAUAUUUAAUAGUGAAGUUGUGCUUGCUACCAUUACUUACAAUUGUGACUGAACUCUGUUAAAAUAAUUAAAGUACCCUCCCACUUUUUUAAAUAUUAAUAAUAUCGUGCUGCAGUGGUUUUAUGGUACAGUUACGUACGCAUUAUAUAAUAUAUAAUUAAGCUAUAUAUAGUUAUGAACUAUAUUUAUUUAAUUUCUUGAUCA